ACAGGUAGGGGAUGGAGUCCUAGGGGAAUAGUUAGGAGGGGACAGUCAGGGACAAGGAGAAGGGAAGCUUAGAUAGAGGGUGGGGUCCCGGGGGAUGGUUAGGGGCAGGAGUCCCGGGAGGGGGUGAUCAGGGAACAAGGAGCAGCGGGGGUUGGAUGGGUUGGGGAUUCUGUGGGUGGCAGUCAGGGGGAGGGAGUGGAUAGAGGGUGGAGCUCCCCCACAUGAAGUGUCCUCUUUUUUGAAAGUUCAAAUAUGGUAACCCUACUUUCCACCUUCUGUUUGCUAACGAACUCCUGCCUGUUAGUCAGAAUCAACCCAGAAAUGCCUGUCCCCCUAGUUAUUACGUCCAUCUUCUGAAGCAAACAGGUGUCCCCAAUAAUUCCUUUUCUAACAGGUGUCUGGGUAGUUAAAGCCCCCCCCCCCAAUUACUAAUUGUGUUUUGAAUAUUUCUGUUGUUUGCAUGAUAGAGUCGAGAACAUCCAUCUGUGAGGAAAGAGCCGGGGGGAACUGUGAUGUGACGUGACUGUCCUGUUCUGACACGUCCCCUUCUUGCCCUGACAGGCUGCAGCGUUACAUCCCAUCCUUCCAGGGAAGUGAAAUGGCUGCCGUGGAGCCAGCUCAGGGGCCGGUGACUUUCAAGGAGGUGGCUGUGUAUUUCACCAGUGAAGAGGGGGCUGUGCUGGACCCCGCUCAGAGAGCCCUUUACAGAGACGUCAUGCAGGAGAACUAUAAGAACGUGACCUUGCUGGCGACUUCUCUUCCCUGUCCCAUGGGAAGAUGGGAUGAGCUGGAGCGAAACAUGGACAACAUUCUGCAGCCUGGCAGGGCGAGAAGGGCAACUGCAGAUGUUUCAGAACUGGCGCUGCAGCGCAACAUCCAUGUUUUGCUCCAGAUCAUUACAUCCUUCCAGAAACGGAAAAUGGCUGCAGUGGAGCCAAUUGAGGGGCCAGUGACCUUCGAGGAGGUGGCUGUGUAUUUCACCAAGGAAGAGUGGGCUCUGCUGGACCCCGCUCAGAGAGCUCUCUACAGAGACGUCAUGCAGGAGAACUAUGAGAAUGUGACCUCACUGGCAGGUGAUGGGAUGGUGAGACAGAUCAUGGAGCAGAAUCCUCAGCAGGAAGACGAUGAAGUGGAGCCACAAGGGUCUUUAUUGCAAAGAUUCAAAGGGAGUGUGUUCAGGACUUGUGAGCAGGGAAAAGCCUGUGAGAGUCUGCACAGGCCAGAGAAGCAGCAGGGAAACCAGCCAAUGCAGAAAGUUGGUAGAUCUGUUAAUGAUCAGGGAACUCACAAAGGCCACAAGGAAACCACGGCGCAGCAGAGAAUCCCCAUGGGAGAGAGAAAUAACGCACGUGUUGAGUGUGGAAAAAAGUUCAGUAGGCGCUCGCAUCUUGUUAAACAUGAGAGAAUCCAUAAAGGGGAGAAACCCUAUGAAUGCUGCGAGUGCGGGAAAACCUUCCCUCAGAGCUCAGCCCUUAUUAGCCAUCAGAGGAUCCACACCGGGGACAAACCAUACAAAUGUUGUGAGUGCGGGAAAACCUUCCUUCGGCACUUUGACCUUAUCAGACAUCAGAGGAUACACACAGGUGAGCAACCCUAUGAAUGCUGUGAGUGUGGGAAAACCUUCUCUGAGCGCUCAAGCCUCAUUGACCAUCAGCGAAUCCACACAGGGGAGAAACCCUAUGAAUGCUGGGAGUGUGGGAAAACCUUCUCUCAGAGAUCAACCCUUGCUAACCAUCAAAGGAUCCACACAGGGGAGAAACCCUAUGAAUGCUGUGAGUGCGGGAAAACCUUCACUCGGAGUUCAGCCUUAAUUAACCAUCAGAGGAUCCAUACAGGGGAGAAACCCUAUGAAUGCUGUGAGUGUGGAAAAACUUUUGCUUGGAGCUCAGUCCUCAUUAACCAUCAGAGGAUCCACACAGGGGAGAAACCCUAUGAAUGCUGUGAGUGUCGGAAAACUUUCACUGAGCGCUCAUCCCUUAUUAAGCAUCAGAGGAUCCACACAGGGGAAAGGCCCUAUGCAUGCUGUGAGUGUGGGAAAACUUUCGCUGAGCGCUCAACCCUUAUUAAGCAUCAGAGGAUCCAUACAGGGGAAAGGCCCUAUGACUGCAGAGAGUGUGGGAAAACCUUCCCUCAGAGUUCAGCCCUUACUAGCCAUCAGAUGAUCCACACUGGAGACAAACCAUAUAAAUGCUGUGAGUGCAGGAAAACCUUCCUUCAGCACUCACAUCUUAUUAGGCAUCAGAAGAUCCACACAGCUGAGAAAUCCUAUGAAUGCGCCUAAGUGUGGGAAAUUCUAUCAAAGCUCAGCCUUUAUUUAUCAUCGGAGAAGCUGCAAGAGAGAGAAACGCCAUAAAAACCUUGUCUAGAGCUGAGGAAUGAUUUUGUUUUCUUUUUGCUAAUUCCCACACUGAGCUUAAAGGAAGCAUUGUGUCCCCAUGGUCUUUCAGUUCCCCCAGCUGAGUCAUCUGCUUUUCCCUUUUGUAGCUCACCCUCCCCUGGGGUGAAUCCCAUCAUCUUUUUCAGCAAUUCCUUUGUCCUGUGCCAUGGAAGUGUAUCUCCCCCCAACUGGAAUGUCCCUCAGUCCCAGGUGGGGGAACCAGGAGUGACCUCAACUAGAUACAUGGAGGCCGAUGUGGGCCUUGACUCCACUAGGAUUUUCCAUGGAGUUAGCUAGCUUCAAUUAGCUAUCCUAAUAUAAAAACACAAGUAUUUUUUCAAUUAAAAAAUACCCCAUAUAUGGUAGCCAAGAUAAUUUAUCUUCUCUACUUUCUACACCUCCACCUGUCAUUAUGUCUUAUGAUUCAUUGUUCUCAGCCCUCUGCUUGGGAAUCACAUUUUAUUUUCUUGGGUCAUAAAACAGUAUUUUCAAAACUGAGAUGACUGUCACAGACUUGCAAGGGGAAUUUGAAUGGAUGUCAAACAGCAUGAUCACUGGGAGUUGAAAUCCCAGUUUCCAACUGUUGGGAAAGUCUCUUCUAGAAUUUUUCCUCCUGCGAUGAAAUUGUUUGGAGAUGGAGAGGUUGAGUUUGUUUUGUUUAGUUUUCCAUUAUGAUGAUGCUAGAACUUUUGAAAAUAAAGGGCUGUUAAGCAAAUAAAAAAAA